AUGUCUAGAAAUGGCGUAUUCAGCUUGCCAGGAAGCUGCCGGAAUGCAUUCUUUCAAAACAUUUCCUGGAGUCAGAGACCCUCGCUCAAAAUUCCAAUCAGCUAUUCCAAGAUCACCACCUCCUCAUAUCUUAGUAGGAAAGAAGCAAGAAAGAAUGUCGAAGCUCGAUAUGAAAGAUAUCACACUAUCAAAGCACAUGCCAUUCCGACGACUUUAAACAAUACAAAAAAUUCGAACACAGAUGCCGCUACACCAUCACCGGUUAUCACACCUUAUGUACCGCCAACUACCGGCCUAUUAUCAAAACUUCCAUCCUCCUGGGUACCAUAUGCUGAGCUCAUCAGACUAGACAAGCCUGUAGGAACUUAUUAUCUAUUUUUUCCAUGUCUGUUUUCAACUUUAUUGGCGGCUCCAUUAACCGACCCCAUGGUCUCGCCCCUGACCGUCAUGGGAACCUCUCUUUUGUUCUUCAGCGGCGCCUUAAUCAUGCGUAGUGCGGGAUGUACUAUCAAUGAUCUUUGGGAUCGAAAUCUUGACCCCCAUGUUACUCGGACUCGACUACGCCCUAUCGCGCGAGGAGCUGUCUCUCCAUUCAAAGCUUUAGUCUUCACUGGAGGUCAAUUAUUUGCUGGCCUUGCGGUCCUUCUUCAAUUCCCAUACCAAUGCUUCUUCUACGCUACCCCGAGUUUGCUUUUCGUGGCUUCGUAUCCACUAGCUAAGCGUGUUACUCAUUAUCCGCAGUUUGUCUUGGGGCUGACAUUUUCCUGGGGCGCAAUCAUGGGAUUUCCUGCUCUUGGAAUCGAUUUACUGUCCAAUAGUGCCGCUAUGACCGCAACCGGAUUCUUGUAUGCGUCGAAUGUAGCAUGGACAGUUUUGUACGAUAUGAUAUAUGCGCAUAUGGACAUCAAAGAUGAUGCUAAAGCAGGAAUCAAAAGUAUAGCAUUACGACACGACGCUCAAACUAAGCAGAUCUUGACCGGGCUCGCCAUAACUCAGGUUGGAUUAUUGACAGCUGCCGGCGUUGCUGUUGGUGCAGGACCAGUCUUCUUCGUUGGUGGAUGUGGAGGUGCUGCUGUUACUUUGGCUGUCAUGAUCAAGAAGGUUAACUUGAAAAGUGUGAAAGAUUGUUGGUGGUGGUUUCUUAAUGGAUGUUUAAUAACAGGCGGUACGAUUUCCGCCGGCAUUGGAGGAGAUUACCUGAUUCGAUACGUACAGAGGGCUGACAAUGAGGUACCCGGGGUUGAAAAUGAGCGAAGAAAGUCAUCAUAUACUAUACUCUAUGACUACCUGUUUUAG